GCGAGGCCGGGCCCGGUGGGGACCCCGCGGCGAGCUGACCGCCCACCUCCUCGUUUGCGGGGAAUAGCACUGCGGUGUAGAGCCGGAGGCCUCCCAGCUGCUCGCCAUUGCCCUAGGCGGGUCGUGUUGAGCGCUGUGUUCGCCAGUGCGGGCCUUGACCGCCUGGGCCUGGGUCUGUUAGGCGACCCCUGCCUGGCCGGGAUGGAGUCCGCGCAGGCCCGGGCGGCGCAGCCCACAGCUGCGGCUGGGUCAGCAGGAGUCGCCUGCGGGCCCCGCGCCGGCUGCCGGCCGCGGGUCGUUUCCCUGCGGCCACCCCGUGGGAGUGACCCCAGGACAGACGCCCGCAGAGCCCGUCGUCGCCGCUGAGACCGGGAGCAGCCUUGCUCUCCUUUCGCUGAAAAAUGUGUGAACUCAAGACUUCAGCUGGGCAGGCUCUGCUUCUCCCACGCGAGCACAGCCCUGGGAAUCCGGGCACCAACUUGGGGGAGGCGCUGGCUGUGUCCUGCAGUUCUGGAUGAAACCCGGGGAUCCUCAGCCGUGUCCAGCCUUCAUCCAGCAGGGACAGGUCCCCGUGUAACUGACCACGCUGUGCUGGACCUCUGCGGUCAGCAGAGCCAGGAGCCCUCCCGUAGGAUCUGGCUUCCUGCUCAGGAUACCUCGCUCCUGGAAGAUUACCCUAGGUAUCACGUUUACACUGAUUUUUCUUCUUAUAGGUCUCGGGCUGUGUCCACUCCUCCUUCUCCCAGGACUCAGGAUCAGCAGCGCUGUCUUCAGGUGCACUGUUUGACUCUCCUGCCCUCCUUAACCUGCUGUUGGAGCCUGCUGCUGAAUGUUCACUUCACCUCCGCUGCUCAGUCCCGGGGCUCACAGACUGCGAAAUCAGCAGUGGCUGCAGGAAGCAGAGUUUUCUCAGACGUCCAGGCAAUUGUACGCCGCGGUGGCCGAGUUUGGGUCAAGGCUCUAUAAUUACCAGGCCCGGCUUCGAAUGCCUAAGGAGCACCUGGAGCUUCUGAAGAAGGAAAGCCAGACUCUGGAGAACAAUUUCCGAGAAAUUCUGUUUCUCAUCGAACAAAUCAACGCCCUGAAGGUGCUGCUGAGGGAGCUGCAGGAGGGCGCGCACAAUCGCAGCUGGAGGGCCGCCCAGGACCAGGACGGGGCCGCGGACCCGGACGAGGAAAUGUCACACUUGGUCAACUACGUGCUUAAGAAGUUGAGAGAGGACCAAGUGCAGAUGGCUGAUUAUGCCCUGAAGUCAGCCGGAGCCUCCAUCAUUGAGUCUGGAACCUCAGAAAGCUACAAAAACGACAAAGCAAAACUGUACUGGCACGGGAUAGGGUUCCUGAACUAUGAAAUGCCUCCGGAUGUCAUUCUUCAGCCGGACGUCCACCCGGGAAAGUGCUGGGCCUUCCCGGGGUCCCAGGGGCACGCCCUGAUCAAGCUUGCCAGGAAGAUCGUGCCCUCGGCUGUCACCUUAGAGCACAUUUCUGAGAAGGUGUCUCCCUCAGGAAACAUCUCCAGCGCACCCAAGGAGUUCUCUGUCUAUGGAGUCAUGAAAAAAUGUGAAGGGGAAGGAAUUUUCCUGGGUCAGUUUAUAUAUAACAAGACAGAAACCACCGUUCAAACGUUUGAACUGCAGCAUGAAGUUCCUGAAUCCAUAUCGUGUGUGAAACUUAAGGUCCUUAGCAACUGGGGGCACCCGCAGUACACUUGCUUAUACCGAUUCCGGGUGCACGGCACCCCCAGUGACCACACCUAGAGAGCCGUGUGGCAGGCUGCGACCACACGUCCAGAGCAGUCAAGGGCUUCUGCCCCCCAGGGAGGGAAACGGGGAGUGGGAGAAAGCCUCCAAGUGGCUCCUACUUUCUAGUAAAAAGUGAAUGGAUUUUACUAAUAAAACGGCGAAAGCGAAUUCA